AGAAACACUUCCCUUACCAAUUAAUUCUCCAACCUCUAACAACUUUCUUAGAGAGAAAGCACUCUUUUGCUCUCUCUCUCUCUCUAUAACUUUUUUAUAUGUCUUCAACCAUGGAUGCAACACCUCCCACCAAGAACAACAAUGACAAGGCUUCCUCCCUUGAAUUGGAUAGUGUCCAGCCUGUUUCCAGCCCCCUUCGAAAGAUGGUCGUCGUGGCGUCCAUCGCCGCCGGCAUUCAAUUCGGAUGGGCCCUACAGCUCUCCCUUUUGACCCCAUACGUGCAGACUCUUGGAGUUCCGCACGUAUGGUCUUCUUUUAUUUGGCUCUGUGGCCCAAUCUCUGGACUCCUUGUCCAACCUAUUGUUGGAUACUAUAGUGACCGAAGCACUUCACGCUUCGGUCGCAGACGCCCAUUUAUUUUUAGUGGAGCUCUAGCUGUGGCUAUUGCCGUCUUCCUUAUCGGUUAUGCGGCUGACCUUGGUCACUCUUUUGGCGAUGACCUGUCGAAGAAAACCCGGCCACGGGCUGUUACAUUCUUUGUCAUUGGAUUUUGGAUCCUCGACGUUGCGAAUAACAUGCUCCAAGGACCGUGCCGUGCUUUCCUUGCCGACCUUGCUGCCGGUGACGAGAAAAAAAUGAGAACAGCAAAUGGUUUCUUCUCUUUCUUUAUGGCCGUCGGAAACAUCCUCGGGUAUGCUGCCGGAUCCUACAGCAAACUCCACAAAAUCUUCCCCUUCACCGAAACCGAAGCAUGUAAUGUCUUCUGCGCGAAUCUUAAGAGUUGCUUCUUUUUCUCCAUCCUCCUCUUAAUCAUCCUUGCCACGUUUGCCCUCAUCUACGUCGAGGACACACCAAAGACAAAGCCAGAGGUGAAGGAUGCUGAUGAGACACCGGUUACUUGUUUCGGAGAGUUGUUUGGUGCAUUCAAGGAAUUAAAGAGACCAAUGUGGAUAUUGAUGUUAGUAACAGCCGUGAACUGGAUCGCGUGGUUCCCGUUCUUCUUGUUCGACACUGACUGGAUGGGCCGUGAGGUGUACGGAGGAGUUUCAGGAGAGAAAGCAUAUGAUACUGGUGUGAGAGUUGGUUCUUUGGGACUUAUGCUUAAUGCUGUUGUUCUUGGUUUAAUGUCUUUGGCUGUGGAGCCAUUGGGGAAAUUGGUUGGAGGAAUUAAGAGGCUUUGGGGAAUAGUUAAUUUUAUUUUGGCUAUUUGUUUGGCAAUGACUGUCCUCAUUACCAAGAUAGCUGAGCAUGAGCGUCAGACAUCCGGUGGUGCAACCAUCGGACAUCCUUCUGAUGGUAUCAAGGUCGGGGCCAUGCUCUUCUUCGCAAUUCUUGGAAUCCCUAUGGCGAUUACUUUCAGUGUUCCAUUUGCUCUAGCAUCAAUAUACAGCAGUGCUUCAGGGGCAGGACAAGGUUUAUCUAUUGGAGUCUUGAAUCUUGCAAUUGUGGUACCACAGAUGUUUGUGUCAGCACUAAGUGGACCUUGGGAUGCAAUAUUUGGUGGUGGUAAUUUGCCGGCGUUCGUGGUGGGAGCCGUGGCUGCUGCCGUCAGUGCGGUAUUGGCGAUGGUCUUGUUGCCGUCAGUAAAACCAGCUGAUGAGGCCAAGGUUAGCCUUGCCCCAGGCUUUCACUGAUUCAUUCAAAUAUAAGGAGAUUUACAUAGGUUUUUUUUUUUUUUUUUUUUUUUUUUUUCCAUCAAUGUGGAAAAGUUAAGUUUAUAGCAUUUUGAUUUGAAAGUUGUGUGUAAUAGAUAUAUUUUUAGCAAGAAUGAAUCAGUGACAUAGUGUUCGUGAUUUUUUUUUGGUUAGAUGUAAAGUGUGCCAAACUAAGCACAAAUAAAUGUUUAUAUAGUGUGAACAUAGGAUCUUGGACAAUUUAAUUGGUAACCUAAGGGGACCUUAUGUGAAGUGUACCAAACCUAUACUCACUGAUUUCAAUGACAUACUUUUGUGCAAUUAUAUA